AUGGAGCCAUCCGCUACCUGUGAAAUUUGUGUGUUUCCUGUAUUUGAUGAUAAUGGUUUAGGAGGUUGUCCUGGUGCAGCCAUUGCAGGCAACGAUUUUAACUUGGAGAUUAAUGUAAUUGUCAAGCAUACUUACACUUGUGGUGAGAGCACUGCGGACGAGUUAAUUUGUGAUAAUACGUUUUCUUGUAAGUGCAAGUCAUUAUCAUGGGAUGAAAUUGACCAAACGCUUUUGGAAACUGAUUUUCCUUAUCCAUUAGAAAGGAUUAAGUGGGAUCCUACUGAGAAAAUUUUGGAGAACAAGGAUGAUUUAAUCGAACAAAUCUUGGAGUUUGUUCAUCAGAAUAUUGUUACAGGUUCUCCAGUCGAAUAUUUGGAUGAAGUUUAUGUGAGCCUGGUAUUUGUUAAGCAAGUGUCCGUAACUCCUCAAGAAUUUGAACUUACGAAAGCAAGAAUUCUUGCAGUAUGGAGAGAAUAUUGUGAGGAAUUAAUUCGGAGAGAAGUGUAUGACAAGAUCACGCGAUCGGGAAGGGAAUCAUCUUUGUACGAAUGCUUAAAGUGGAUAGAAUGUUGCAUACAAGAUACUGUGAGCGGCACAUCUCAGGGGAUCAACUGUUUUGAUGAGAAUGACGAAAGGGAAUUAAUGCAAACUCUUAUUGAGGAAGCUAGGAAGGCAUUUAGGUUAUUGCCAGAAGUAAGAUCAAGAGUUCAAUGCUUACAGAAAGUAAAUCUGCCAAGCGAUGAUGAUGAACUGACUGCAGACAUAUGUUCCAUAUGCAUGGAGAAGUAUUUACCUGAUUCAGAAGCAUACAGCAUGCCUUGCAGCCACACUUUCCAUUUUGACUGCAUUGAGACUUGGCUGCUUAAAGAUCCAAGUUGUCCUAUGUGUCGUUACAAGUUGCCACCAAUAGAGUUAGAGGCGGAGCUGGAAAAUUGA